AUGGACCAGCAGUUUGUCUCCCAAAUGGAGCAGUUGCUCAGCGCUGUUAUCCAGCCCAACUCGGUCUCGCUCAAAGAGGCUACUAAAACGCUACAGACACAGUUUUACACGCAGCCCACGGCUCUUCCAGCGUUGCUGAGUAUCCUGCAAAACGGAUCCAACGAUGGACUCAAACAGCUAGCCGGUGUUGAAGCUAGAAAACUGGUCGCUACUCAAUGGAGUGCCCUGGACGCGUCCGUUCAGAGCGAGAUCAAGAGCUCUUUGCUGAACAGCGCUUUCUCCGAGCCAAAAGAGAUUGUGCGUCAUGCAAACGCGCGUGUUAUUGCUGCUAUCGGAAAUGAAGAGCUAGACGAGAAGAAAUGGCCCGAGUUGGUCCCAAGUCUGAUUCAAGCUGCAUCCGGAAACGACAGUAAAAUCGGUGAGACAGCCGUUUUCAUCCUGUUGUCUUUGCUUGACAACAUGAACCCAGAGCUAAACCUUUACAUCGGGGACUUUUUGAACCUCUUUGCUCACACUAUGAGCGAAUCGUCCACUCUCGAGACCAGGUCUUUGUCGGCUCAAGCUUUGAACCAAGUUUCGAACUUGAUCGAAGAAGAAGGUCAAAUUAACCCUGACUAUGCUACCAAGUUUUCGGCCUUGAUCCCCGCCGUCGUCGGUGUUUUGGAGGCUUCCAUCAAGGCUGAAGACACAGCCAACACCAAAUUGAUUUUCAACUGUUUGAACGACUUCUUACUGUUGGACUCUCAAUUGACCGGUAGCAGUGUCACUGACCUGAUUAAGCUUGCUUUGCAAAUCGCAGUGAACAAAGACGUUGAAGAAGAAGUUCGUGUUUUCGCCGUUCAAUUCGUUACCUCCGCCCUCUCUUUCAGGAAGUCUAAGAUCAUACAAGCCAAAUUGGGUCAUGAAAUCACCAUGGCGGCGCUCAGGGUGGCCUCUGAGGAGAUUGACGUUGACGAAGAACUAAACAAUGAAGACGAAGCCGGUGAGAACGAGGAAAACACGCCAUCUUUGACAGCAGUCAGACUUUUGGCCUUUGCCUCUUCCGAGCUACCUCCAUCUCAGGUUGCUGUUCCAAUUGUGGAGCAUUUGCCAGCGAUGCUGCAAUCUUCUAAUCCUUUCGAGAGAAGAGCCAUCUUGCUAGCUAUCUCUGUGGCAGUUACAGGUUCGCCAGAUUACAUUUUGUCGCAGCUGGAGAAGAUUAUUCCUGCUUCCAUCGCUGGUUUGAAGGAUGAUCAUCCUGUUGUUCAACUGGCCGCUUUGAAAUGUAUCUCUCAAUUGACCACAGAUUUGCAAGAUGAAGUGGCCAAGUUUCAUGAGGAUUAUCUACCUCUUAUUAUGGGCACCAUUGACUCUGCUAAAAACGUUGUCAUUUACAAAUAUGCAACUGUUGCCUUGGAUGGCUUGCUAGAAUUCACUGCAUACGAGGCCAUUUCGAAAUACCUAGAACCUUUGAUGAACAAGCUUUUCCACAUGCUCGACACCAACAUUUCUUCCAAGUUGAGAGCCGCCAUCGUGUCUGCUAUUGGCUCAGCUGCUUUCGCUGCUGGUUCUGCUUUCUUGCCAUACUUCAAGACAUCUGUUCAAUAUUUGCAACAGUUUAUUGAAAACUCCGGUCAGAUCGAAGGUAUGUCUGAGGAUGACAUUGAGCUAAGAGCUUUGACUUUCGAGAACAUUUCUACCAUGGGUAGAGCAGUGAGAUCGGAAGCAUUUCACGAAUUUGCGGAACCUCUGCUAAACUCUUCUUACGAAGCCAUCAAGACUGACUCUGCAAGACUUAGAGAGUCUGGCUACGCGUUCAUCGCUAACAUGGCCAAGGUGUACGGUAAAGACUUUGCUCCAUUUUUGGCAACUAUUCUGCCAGAGAUUUUCAAAACCUUGGAGCAGCAAGAGUAUCAAUUCAACAUUGAUGAAGAUGCCGAUGAUUUGGCAGAGCUGGAGGCAGAUGACCUGCAGCAGAAGUUUACCGUGAACACCGGUAUUUCUUACGAGAAGGAAGUUGCCGCUGCUGCCCUUUCGGAGCUUGCUGUCGCAACGAAGGAGAACUUUUUGGAGUACGUCGAACAAUCUCUCAAAGUGUUGAACGAGCAAGUAGAGGAAUCUUACGGUCUAAGAGAAACUGCUCUUCACACGAUAUGGAACAUCGCUAAAGCUCUUCUGCAAACUGCCAACGUCAAGGAGAACGAAUACCCUGUCGGUGUUCCUUCCGCUUCUUACGUCGACAGCAACAUCCUGGCCGUUGUUCAAAGUAUCAGAGCUACCUCCCUUGACAAUUUGACUGAGGAAUUCGAAACCUCCAUGGUCAUCACUAUUUUGGAGGAUUUCGCCGAGAUGAUCAGAAAGUUUGGUGCUAUCGUGGUGAUUGACAACGGCGACUCUUCUUCUUUGGAGAGAUUGUGCGUUGAAGUCAUGUCGGUGUUGAAAGGCAGUCAUGCUUGCCAAACAAUCGAUUACGAGGAGGAUGUGCCAAAAGACGAGGACAUUGAUGCCUCUGAAACGGAAGCCGCGCUUUUGGACUGCGCAUUGGAAGUUUUGGUAAGCUUGUCGUACGCUUUGGGAGGUGACUUCCCUAAGGUUUUCGAAAGUUUUAAGCCAGUUGUUCUCAACUUGUUCCAAUCCAAGUCUAAGAACAAGAGAUCAGCUGCUGUCGGUGCAGUCUCUGAGAUCGCUGAGGGUCUAAAGGAUGCGAAUCCUUUUGUUCAAGACAUGCUUGAAGCUCUGAUCGUGAGAUUGACGACUGACAAGUACCUAGAAGUCAGAGGCAAUGCCGCCUACGGUGUCGGCUUGCUCUGCAAGUACGCUUCUUUCGACGUGUCUGCUAUCUACCCACCAGUUUUGAGAGCCAUGUACGAAUUGCUAAGCACUGCUGAUCAAAAGGCGCUUGCUGCGGAGGACGAUGAAGCUACCAGAGAAAUCGUUGACAGGGCUUUCGCCAACGCUACUGGCUGCGUGGCCCGCAUGACUCUGAAAAACGAGACAUUGGUUCCACUAGAGCACACUCUCCCCGCGCUUCUGGGCCAUCUACCCUUGAACACCGGUUACGAAGAAUACGACCCCAUCUUUGAGCUGAUUGUGAAUCUUUACCAGUCUAACAACAACCUGAUUGUGAACGAAACUCCUAAGGUGCUGGACUUUUUCGAAGCUGUGUUCACCAAGGAAGCUGAAAGAGUCAGACUAGAGCAAGAGUCUACCCUAGGCAGAGAAGAAAACAUGGACAGAAUGAAGCAGUUUCAGUCUUCUGAAAUGCAAACCAAGGUGAUCGAUCUGCUCAAGUACCUCAACACUACCUACAACGGUGCCGUUGCUCAAAAGCCUGUUUUGGCACAAGUGAUCGCUUAA